CCUACAAAACUGUAGAAUCUUGAGCGAACGUUGAAAAAAAAUAGAUUGGGGGUGGGGGGGAUUUACUUUAAGUUCAAUUUAGCUUAGUUGAACACUUCUUGCAGACAAAGAGGUUCAAAUAUGAAUGUAUUAAAGUACAAAAUGCACUUCAAACCAAAAAUUUUGGAUCAGAGACUUAACUUACUCUUUAGAAGUUGUCACAGUGAAAAAAGGAAAAAGCCUUCCUUUGAUCCAAUCGGAUUCAUCCAAGGGAACACUGAGAUCACAGCCAAUCACAUGACACCUGAGAUCAAGCUCCACCUCAUCACUCCUCGUUGUGCAUUGUGGGAUAGCAGAGCAGACCAGUGUCCUGUGACUGACCCCUUCUGGGCUUUCUAUUGGCCAGGGGGCCAGGUACUGACCAGAUAUAUCUUGGACCAUGGCAGUGUUGUGAAAGACAAGUCUGUGUUAGACGUGGGCAGUGGGUGUGGAGCCAGUGCCAUUGCAGCAGCCAUGAGAGGAGCACGACGUGUACUGGCUAAUGACACAGACCCAGUUGCAGCUACUGCUGUCAAGAUGAAUGCAAAACUCAACUGUGUCAACCUGGAGAUAUCUAUGGACAACCUGAUUGGUCAAGGUUUCCACCAAUGGGAUGUUAUAUUUCUCGGUGACAUGUUUUAUGAUGAAGAAUUUGCUUCAGAUGUCUCUGACUGGUUAAAGACUUUGAGACAUUUAAACCCUUCUUGUCAAAUACUGAUAGGAGAUCCAGGGAGGUUUUCAUUUGAGGAACAUCCAGCAAAAAGUCUUCUUAGCAAAGUUGCAGAGUACGAGCUAGAUGAAGUAUGCAGAAGAGAAAACAAUGGUUUAACAGUUGGAGGUGUAUGGACAUAUAAUCCAACAAGGAGAAUAAAGUAGCUGCAUGUACAGUGUGCUGUUAUACUAUAUUCAGUCUUUAGCCAGCAAGGUCCUUGAAAUUAAAACCUACCCCACUUGUUUGGGGCCAAACAUGUACCAGUGUACAAGCGGAGGACCAUGUCAUUCUUUUGAUGAUGACCCAUUUUCAAAUCAUAAGAUCCUCAUGCAAUCCCUGCAAUGUUUUCCUGAUGUAACAUACUGAGGUUACAGUGAAGUAUACUGAGGUGGCAUAAAUUUGCUAGCAUUAGUAAAUUAUUCUUUUAUGCUAUUUCUCUAAGAAACAGGUUUAGUGCCGCACUAUAUUGCCAUCAGCAGUUAGCCUUGAUACUCUCUUACAUUGUAACCACUGUCCCAAUAUUUUUGCAGAGAUGGUACCCACUACCCAGUAGUGUGCAGCGAUAGAAUUUUCUAUGCAAAGCUGAAGUGUAGCAGUUAAACCAGCUGCUAUUGACCUUGACUCUACCAGUAAUACUACCUUGGGACCCUUGUAAUGGCAUGUGGUGGUAUACAUCAGUUCCAUUUUUAGACCAGAUGUAAGCAAAUACAAAUGUACAGUAGACUUAAACCUAAGAUAUUACAACCUUCAAACUCAACAAACAACACACAAUUGUUUCUUUUUUUCUCCCUUUUAUUUCUCCACAUCUCUGAAAUACAGUGAAAAACUGUAGUGUAUUUUACAGUCCAGUAUAUACAGCAUGUGUGGAGGGAG